CUGUGCCGUUCUGACCGCGCUCGAAUAAUGUCAGGGAACUCAAUGCAACCGGAGGGCGCAGCCUGCAAGGCAAAGGUAAAAGAACAAAUCAAGACUAUUGUAGACGAUUUGGAGUUAGUCCUGGGCGAUUUAAAGGACGUGGCUAAAGAACUUAAAGAGGUUGUUGACCAAAUAGACCAUCUUACCUGUGACCUGCAGCUGGAGGAGGAAAUGACUGACAGCUCCAAGACUGAUACUAUAAAUAGCACCUCAAGUAGUACGACAGCCUCAAGCCUGGAUAAGGUCAAAGUGCACUCAGUUAGAUCAAUUUGUAAGACAACAGUGACUUCAUCAGCCAUUUUAACGGUGCUAAAGAAGACCAAUCCCCCACCUCCGCCUCCACGAUUAACACCCAUCCGAUCUGAGGACCCUUGCAGGCCCCCUAUCUGCAUGAACCCUCUGAGGACUAAUGGGGCCUUGCUUCGCAAUGGAGCAAUAUUGUGUAAGACAGAUAAAAUGCCAAAUGGAGAUGUAUGCUGUCUCCCUGGUAGCAAUCCAGAAAAAUUGCAUAAACAGCCACCAGUGCCCAGAGUCGAUAAAAACAGAUAUCAACAGGUCACACGAGAAAGAGUUCGAUUUAAUGAGGAAGUUCAGUACCACGGCUACUGUCCAGAUUGUGAUGUUCGGUAUGAUAUGAGAAACAGGGAUGUGCACUUGCAUGGUGAAUUAAGCAACACAAAAGGGAAACCACUUCAUCAGUGCCCUCCCCUUGAAAAUGGAGGAUCAUGCGGAAACUUUAGUACUAAUUUCUCAAACAUAAAAGCUAAAAUCACACCUCCACAGACUGCUCCAAAACCUCAAAAGACUAUUCUGAGGAAGUCAACAACCACAACGGUUUGAUGCAAGGAUCUUGGAAACUUUUUUGUAUCCUAAUGAAUUGAGCACUUUCUAACCAAGCAAUAAAGAGCCAAAACACAUACCCAGUGUUCUCCAGAGAAGUGUUAGAGAACAAAUCACGAUCCUUAGGACUGGAAGGAAAAUAAACAUUUUGAAGAUAUGUCAGCUAUUUCUAGUUUGGUCAACGCUGCACUGUGACUUUAACAAAUAAAAGUCCUGACCGACAACAAGCAGAGUACAGCAGCUGACCCUGUGGAAUCACAGCAUUAUUAAUGCCAGAGCAAUCCGGAUCCAUUCAUCUCCAGCCAAUCUCUGUACAGCCAGAAGCUUACCCUGAGCAACUCCCUCAAUCCACUGCUCACUUUGCUUCAACUGAUAAAAGAAUCCCAAAGUAAAGCCUUCUGAUUGUUUUUCUCCCCUUUUCUCUUCACUUCUGAAGUAUUUAUAUGAAGCUAAUACCUUGAGAAGAUCAAUGCUAGCAUAAUCAGUUGCAGAAACUCUAAUCUCCCAGUUUCUCAUAGAAGUAAUCCAGCCUUCUCAUCCCCCACAUAAAUUAAAUGAAAUAAAAUUGCUAAGCUAUUGACAAGUUAAAUAAAGCCCCAGGAAGGCCAGUGGAUAUAUUUUUUACCUAUAUAGAACAGAGGACAUGUUUACACGAGAGUGACACAAAUUCUGUGUGUUGAAAACUGGAGCAGUGAUGGAAGCAGUUCACUCUUCACUGUAAAGGAGAAUAUCCCUGUUUUCUCCAUGCAUCUUGACGCUUCAGCGAACAGAAGAAUAAAAGAUGAUGGUAUUUGGAACGUAUCUCCGCCUCUUCGCUAUGUUUCAUCCUUUGCCUCCAUCACACCAGGUGGACAUUCCAGAAUACUAUUGCCAUCACUUAGAUACUGUAUUUCACUGCUCUUUACUAUUUGCACUGUCACUUUUAUUCUGUUUGCAGUUACCUGCCCAAAUAGCCUCUUGACAUCAGCAGUCAGACAUGUGGAAUCUUGCAGAAGCUUACCAAGUUGAAGAAUAUGAUUUGCACUUGAUUUCAGUACCAGUGGGAACAGCCACACAUAUACAGUAGAGAAAUAUCCGUCAUUCCUUCUCCUCCCUUAUGAAAUGAAAAGAAACCUCAAAGCUGCACAAUGGACAUUGGAACAGAUUAUAUUAUUUUCCCUCAUAUCACAAAUCAGAUUUUGUGCGGUACACGAAAGAGUUGAUGAUAUGGGAGAAAAAUCCGCUGUUUAAAAAAAAUUUUUAAAUUUUCACAGUAAUAUGGAAUGUAUUUGUUAUUUUAAUGGAAUUGAGUGGCUUUAUAAAAUCAAUGGAAGCAGGGAUCAGAAAGGAUGCACAGCUAUAAAGGAGCAAAGCACUUUAGUUAUAUUUUUAAGUUUUGUAUUUUUAUAGUCACCAUUAUCCACCCUUACUUGCCAGUCAUGUGAAGAACUCAGUGUUAUUCAUUAUGCUACCUUUGUGUUAUUAUUUGCAAGCAGAUAAUUGUUUUACCUUUAAACAAAUAAAACCUUAAGAAAGUAAUGUAUAGAUUUUAAAUAGAUGGCUGCAAGAUAUAUUUCUUCUAUUCAUACAAAUUACAAGCAAAAUAUUUUGUAAUUAUUAAGAGUUUUGAAAUUUUAAGAAAAGGUUAUUUUAUUAUUAAAGGCCUGCUUUAUGAUAUUAGUUUAACACCAAGUAAUAGAAACAAUUUUCAUACACUUUCUUAAGUCAGGACUGCUUGUCAUAAAAAAGAAAAAAAAUUAAAAAUUUAAUAUGUACACUUCAAAAAAAGUAAUCAGAUUUACAGUUGCCAGGUAUUAUUCAUCUUUUGGUUGCUGCAUAUACACUUCUCCAGAAUACUAUUGCCGUCAAUCAGAUACUGCAUUUCAAUGUUCUUCAAGACAAUAACGCAAAAUUAUUUGAUUUGCAAUAAACUA